AUGAGAGAGAGAGAAAAAAAAACUGGUAGAAAGUGCACUUCACGCAUAGUUUCAAGGAAGUAUAUACCAUUAGCCGUUCUCAGUUUGGUCACUCGAGUGUCUUUGCAACUAUCAAAAUUAUUACAUCACAUAAUGUCCGAAACUUCUACUGUCUCUACACAAUUUUUAUCAGAUAUAAUAGGCAAGCCGGUCAAUGUUAAACUACAUUCAGGCAUGCUAUAUACAGGCCUACUACAGUCUAUAGACGGUUUUAUGAAUGUAGCAUUAGCACAAGUUACAGAGCACUAUGAAAGUAAGGAGAAUGGUCUCUUGACGAAGUAUAAUUCCGAUGUUUUCCUCAGAGGUACCCAAGUCAUGUAUAUUAGUGAAGUAUAG